AUGGAAAGGGGAUGGAAGCCUAACGUUGAGGUUUCACCAGCCUGUCCGCGCUGUGGUUCUUCCAACACCAAAUUUUGUUACUACAACAAUUACAGCUUAACUCAACCUAGGUACUUCUGUAAAGGUUGCCGAAGAUACUGGACGAAAGGUGGGUCCCUCAGGAAUGUCCCCAUCGGCGGUGGUUGCAGGAAAAGCCGAAGAGGGAAGUCCAUUCGCCUCCCGGCCGAUGGUGGGGUUGGUUCCAGGGCUUUAGUCCGCCAUGGAAUUGAAUCAAGUAGCUCAAAUUCAGCUGGCCCUAGUGCUGAUUCUUCAACUAGUAUUGAUCUUGCAGCAGUCUACGCAAAUUACCUUAAUCAGACGCCUCGGCUCGAGAAUCAAAUUGAAGCAGUUUCUCAUCUGCCUGACGGGAUCGGAAUCCCACCUGUCGAGUUUUCAAACUUUCAUAUGAAUCAAUUGACUUCUCAUUUGCCUCAGGAGAGUGGUUUUUUUGAAUGCGGGCCUUUUCCCAACAGGUUUUCGGGGAACCAAUUAUUAGGGGAUGGAAAUUCGAUUUUUCUUGGUGGGCUUGAGCCGUUUCAGAAGCAGCAGGUUACGUUCAGUGGAAAUAAUUUUAGCAGUAUAAAUCCCAUUGACAAUUUGCCACCGUUGCCAGGUGAAGAUGUCGGGCCAGCUGACGGGAUAUUGUGGCCAGGUUCCGAUGUUAUAUUGCCGAAUCAGUUGAUCUUACCUUCGACAACUCAUGAAAUGGCACCGGCAGUGGAACCAGCAGGACAAAAUUCAGAAAUGUUGAAUGGAAAUGUGAGCCCGUUUACUGCAUUAAAUCUUGAAGCUAUUUUUAGGUCUUGA